AUGUUUACAUACACUACUCCCUUUGAGGCUAACCAAUGCCCUCGUGAAGGACCAGCUAAAGUAUUCUCUGGUGCUAAUAUUUUAUUCCCUCCGGCUACUUCCUCUGAUAUCUUUGAAUGGAUUCAGUUACAAAAAGAAUUGGAAAGAAGAGAAGCUGCAAAACAACGAGAAUUGAGAAAGCCUAGAGUUGUUAAGAAGAUCGAAUCCGAAGAUGCAUACCAGUUACAAAUCUUUAAGGAAUACGGCGAUUUUAACUCAUAUGAAGUUGAGGCUAAGAAGAAGCCAGGUAACAGAGUUCAUUUGACCAUUUCUUCAAAGGAUGAUCAAUUUUCCAAGACUUUUGAAUUUAGCUUGAAUGAGAUUGAAGUCUCGAAGGUUGAUUGGGAAUGGUACAAAAAGGAAAAUGUCUUGGUAUUAAAUAUCCCUAAGAAGCAGCAAAUUGAAUAUACUUUCUACAGCCAUCCAUUAUUUGGCUUAAUUCAGCAACAACCUGAAAGAGAACAAGCUCAUAGUGAGCAAGAAAGGAGGGAAGUUGCUCAUAAGAAGGCUCUCGAAUACAGAAAGAGAGCUGAACAUGCUAGAGAAAAGGCUCAGAGAAAGAGAGCUGAGGCUGAAGAAAGAAAGAGACUUGAAGCUCAGGAAAAGAAGAGAAUCGAGGAAAGAAGGAGAGCUGAGGCUGAAGAGAGGAGAAGAGUUGAAGCUGUAAGAAGAGCUGAGGCUGAAGAAAAGAGAAGAGUUGAAGCUGCAAGAAGAGCUGAACUUGAAGCUGCGAAGAAAGCUAAGGAAGAAGCUCAGAGAAGGGCAAGAAUUGAAGCUGAGCAAAGAAAGCGCGAACAACAAGAGCAAGCUGCUGCGUUCGCUGCCAUAAGGGAGUUACAAAGGCAAGCUUUUGUACAACUCCAACAAGAAGCUGAAAGAAAGGCUCAAAUAGAGAAGGAAAGGCAAGAAGCUGAAAGGAAGGAAGAGGAAAGAUUAGCUAAGAUAGAAAGAGAAAGGUUUGACUACAGAGAAGCCCAAAGACAAGCGCACAGAAGACAGCAGCAAGAAGAAGCUGAAAGGAAAUCGGAACAAGAAGCCAGAAAGACAGCUCCUCAAGCACAGAACGUUCAACUUGAUCCUUCAAACCCUGAAGUAUUUUUACAGCAAUUGUUUGGAUCAAUUUUAGCUGCUAACCAAAGUUCAAGUAAUGCUGAUUCCUCUCAAGUUCCAGCAAAACCAUCUUCUACCGAAUCCCCUGUUUCUAGUUCUGCCGCAACUCCAGAUUAUGAUGACUCUGAUAACGAGUCAAUCUACUCGGACCGCGAUCCUGAGACACCAGAACCAUUGAGUCCUAGCGUGCCUCCAAGCUCUCCAGGCUUGAAAUUGACGAAACAACCUUCGUUAGAAGAAGUUGAAGAUGAAGAAUUUGUUAUGUUUAGAAAGAAGUUCGGACAAAAGUAG